GAUGGAAAAAGAGAAUAUGGAUGCACUCUAUGCAGCAUCACGGAAUGGGGUUGUAAGCACUUUGACCACAUUGAUCCAAAGGGAUGCAGGCAUCAUUGAUAGAGUUUCACUCACAUUCUUUAGUGAGACUCCUUUACACUUAUCAGCUUUGCACGACCAUCUCGAAUUUAGUAAAAUUCUUAUUAGCAAGAAACCUACACUUGCAAAAGAGGUCGACUCGCUAGGACGAACCCCUCUUCACUUGGCUUCUGCUGAGGGCAACACCGAGAUAGUAAAAGUAUUGUUGCAAGCAAAUACAGAUAUUUGCUUAGCUCGUGAUCAAGAUGAGAGAAUUCCUCUCCACUUAGCCUCAAUGAGAGGACGAAGAGAGAUCAUAGAAGAGUUGAUUAAUGCUCGACGAGAGUCCAUCUUGAUGAAUCUCAAUGGAGAUAGUGUAUUGCACUUGUGUAUUCAAUAUAAUCAUUUCGAUGCUCUCAAAUUGUUAGUGGAAUCAGCUAAUGGUGAUGAAUUAUUCCUCAACUCCAGAGACUGUCGUGGCAACUCUGUAUUGCAUUUAGCUGUGAUGCUCAAGCAAAUGAAGGCCAUAAAAUACUUACUUUCAGUACCGGAAAUAAAAAGAGAGGCGAAUGCCAUGAACAUGAUUGGUUUCACACCUUUAAAUGUCUUAGGGACAUGUAACGCUUGUCCAAAAGAUUUUAAAUGUUUUGAAAUCCAAAACAUUCUAAAAGCAGAAGCCGGUGUCAAAAGAUCAACAGAUUUAAAUUCUUCCGUACCACUAGCACUGAGAGGUAUUGGUGUUGGUGGAGCACAACAAGCUCGAUCAAUGUUUAGGAGAUGGUGGGAGUGCGUUCAUUUGUCAUUAAAUAAACGCUGGAAGCACCAGAAAAAUUGGAAGGAUAAAACACGUGGCACAUUGAUGGUAGUGGCCACUGUGAUUGCAACCAUGGCUUUCCAAGCUGGGAUCAACCCUCCCGGUGGCGUUUGGCAACAAAACACACCCGACUCCACAAACGGUUACAAUUGUAAUCAAGAUAAUAUAUGUGAAGCUGGCACAGCAGUUUUAUCGUAUUCCAAUCUUGAUGACUACCUAGUGUUCUUAGGUUUCAAUACCAUAUCUUUCUUUGCAUCUGCUUGCGUCAUACUUUUGGUCAUUAUUGAAUUUCCUCUUAGGAGUAAGUUAUUUAUUUGGCUCUUGACGUCAGCCAUGACUAUCUCAGUCGCGUCCAUGACAUUGACCUAUAUAAAAGCAGUGGUUUUGGUGACCCCGAAAUGUACUCUCAAAAGAUUUAGAUCGUUGGCUUGGUUUUUAGUAUAUUAUAUUUGGGUAGGAGUGGUUCUGAUUGCUGGUGUAAUUCACAUAAUCCGCCUACUCUAUUGGAUGGUGAAGAAGUUGUGUACAUUCAGUCAACAAGGGGUCCAGCAGAAGAUCCGGCUAAUGUCUAAGAGGGAAACUGUCAUGAUCAGAAAUUCAGUUAGAUAUUUUAGAAUAAAAUCCUAUUAAGCUAGCCACUGAUAAGAAAGAACGUUGGGGUAACGUUUGGGUAAUCUCAUUGUAAUAUUUAGGUUUAGGUGUAAGGUUUGUUUUGGGUUCCAUGGUAUGGGUUUGAUUCCUUGUGUUGGGUUUUCCUUAAUUGGGUUGGUUUGAUUUCAUGGAUUUGGUGGUUCGUUGCAAGUUAAUUAUUGGAUUAAGGGUGAAGUUUAUUGUGGAUUUUGGGUAUUUCUUGUUGAUUAACGAAUGGGUUCGAUCUGUUGUGUGAUGAUCUUAGUUUUAAAGGCAUUUCUGGGUAUGUACAGCUUUCAUUUGAUUUCAA